UCAGUUGGAUGCAAAAUAAGCUUAAUGGAAAACAAGGGAACAACACCAAGCCAAAUGCAGUGAUUUCAGCUACUCGCCAUGUGAAACAAGAGUCUCGGGAGGAAUUUAGCGAUUGGCCUCAUGGGCUGCUAGCAAUUGGAACAUUUGGCAACAAAGAGCUCGGAGAAAGUAAUGAAAUCCAAGAUGCUGAAGAGGACCACCUUGUUGAAGAGGACCCGUCUUCAUCCCAUGAUUUACAAGAUUUCACUCCCGAGGAAAUUGGGAAAUUGCAAAAAGAGUUGACAAAGCUUUUAACAAGAAAGCCAACUUCUCAAGAUAAAGAAAAGGAAACUGCAAAUCUUCCAUUGGAUAGAUUUCUUAAUUGUCCAUCGAGCUUGGAGGUAGACAGAAGGGUCAGUAAUACAGCAAUCGGUGAUGUGGAUGACAAAGAAGAUGACAUUGAGAGGACAAUCAGUGUUAUACUUGGUAGAUGCAAAGACAUUUGUGAAAAUAAUAAGAAGAAAGCUAUUGGGAAGAAAUCAAUCUCUUUCCUCCUCAAGAAGAUUUUUGUUUGCAGGAGUGGGUUUGCUCCACAGCCAAGUUUGAGAGAUACACUUCAAGAAUCAAGAAUGGAGAAGCUUUUGAGAACAUUGCUUCACAAGAAGAUUAACCCACAAAGUACUUCCCGGGCAUCAUCAAUGAAGAAAUAUAUCGAGGACAAAAAGAUUUCAAAGAAGGAAAAGGAAGAUGAUGAAAAGCAAUACAAGACAAGUGAUGGAUCUAAAUGGGUGAAGACAGAUUCAGAAUAUAUUGUUUUAGAGAUUUAA